GGCGCGCGCGCGCGCGGGCGGUCGGUGGCGCGGGAUGGGUGCGGAGCAGGGGUGCGCGUGGUGGCGGCGGGUGGCGGGGCCCGAGGAGCAGCGGCUGCUGCAGCUCCUCUCCUGCGGGCUGGUGGGGCUGGGCGGCGCCUCCGCCCUGCUGCUCCGCUUCGUCCCCAUGCCCUACGGCCGGUACUCGUCCCGCCGCUUCGGGUGGCUGCUGCCCGCCCGCCCCGCCUGGGCUCUGCAGGAGCUGCCCUCCCUCCUGGUGCCGCUGGCGCUGGCUGCCUGCGGCGGCGACACCGGCGCCGCCUGGCCCAACCGGCUGCUGCUGGGCUGCUUCGUCCUGCACUACGCGCACAGGGCACUCAUAUUUCCUCUUCUGAUCCGGGAAGGCAAACCAACACCAUUUUUUACUUUUGUACUGGCACUUCUGUUCUGUGUUUACAAUGGUUACUUGCAAGGCCGAAGCUUAAGCAACUAUGCAAAAUACCCUUCGGGCUGGUUAAAACAUCCAUGUUUUAUUACAGGUUUUAUAGGCUGGUUUGUUGGCAUGGCAAUCAAUAUUCAUUCUGAUCAUAUUCUCAGAAAUCUAAGAAAACCAGGGGAGACUGGUUACAAGAUACCAAGAGGAGGAAUGUUUGAGUAUGUCAGUGGAGCUAACUUCUUUGGAGAGAUCCUGGAAUGGUUUGGAUUUGCCCUUGCGUGCUGCACCACUGAAAGCCUUGCAUUUGCAUUGUGUACACUUUUCAUCUUGGGUUCAAGGGCAAGACAACACCACCAGUGGUACCUUGAGAAAUUUGAAGACUACCCAAAGAACAGAAAAAUUGUGAUCCCAUUUGUGUACUAAGCCCUCGUUUUAACAUUGUUUUUGAAGUGGCCGCUUUUUGGGAUAUGUAACACUUUACAGGUAUUGGCAGGCUAACAACUUACUCUGAUCAUCACUGUGACAAAGCCUUUGUAUCAGUGCUGCUAUUAGUUACUGCUUUUCCUCUUGAUGAAAACCCAGAAUCUGAUGGACAUGGUGAACAGGAACAGAAAUGCUUAUCAAGCAGUGGAGCACCAUCAUGAGUACAUGAGGCAAUGAGCUUGAAUUCACAUCGUGGAAAGUACUGUAUGGGACUUCUGGUUCUUCCUUUUCUGCCCUUGCAGACUUCUGCUGCUUCAACUCAAUCUAGCCACACUCUCCUGAGGAUUGUGCCAUGAACCCAGUCAUCUUCACUGCAAUCCGGAUGGUUUGUUCUGCCUGUUGUUAUUUGCCUGCAUACACAAAUGGGGUUGAUCUUUUCCUUGCCUUGUAAUCCUUUCUUUCCACACCUGCAUUUCCAGGAAAACUGAUGAUGCAGACCAAGGGUAUUAGAUUAAUUUUGUUGCUAUUAGGUGAGAGACAGUGUUCGUCCUCCCCUUUGCACUCUUAUACUGCUAUGGACACUGUACC